AUGUUAUGGUCGUGGCUGUUGCUGGCCGCCUGUGCCCAGCUCAGAGGUGCUGGAGCGGCUGCUAUCUUGGGCAGGGACCUGGAGUCGGACGCUGGUAACGAAAAGCCGCGAAAUGCCAAUCACAUCUUCAACGCCAUACAUUCCUCGAUGCGGCAAUGGGGAUCGUCGUUGAACCAUAAUGGCAUGUCUUUCUUCCUUGCCGAAGUCCCUGCCGGCACUGCCUUCUACCAUGGGACAAGCCGUUCCCAGCCAAUCGAGGGCAUGGAAUGGCUGGCAUUCGAGCCCGAACAUGCUUUCCAAUUCGCCGGAAGGCCUGGGAAACCUCCGAGGAAGCCCCCGUCGGAGAGAAAGGCUGGAAAGCCCUGCUGCAGAAGCGGAGGACAGGAUAGGAGUUUCGCUCCUCCACCAGCGGACCGCCAUCACCGACAACCGGCAGUUGGUUCGCCAGGGCAAGACCGAUUAAUGCUGGAUGCCGACCGACGCCCACCACCGAAGGGGCCAGGAGGUCCGGCUCCUGGAUAUUUGCAUACUUACAAGACCAAGACUGUCCUGCCUCUGCUUUACAUCGACGGCAUGUCCGCCGGCAAAACCGACAAAGGCACGCUUGACUCACAGGACAUCCUCCUGCUGAAUGCCAAGAACGAAAGCGGUAGCGGCGAUUUCUUCUGGGAGAAUGAGCGCGCGGAGAGAUUGUGCAAAAUGGCCACUGAGCAAUGGGACGGCAAGAUCAAAGGCUUCAUCCGCAUGGAGACCGGAUUUGAGAUCAUUUUGUGCUCCUUUGCCGACAAUCUCGACUUUGUCCAAGCAGUCAGAGCGGAUAGAUUCGCCCACGGCGACAGUUCCCCACGACAUGAUGUCGACCACAAACAUGCCGCUCAACGCCAGGAAUCGAACUGGAUUAGGGCCAUCGCAGCCCGGUAUGAUGGCAUCGGUGGCCGAAGAGUCACGUUGGACUAUGAUAACUUCGUCACUGCGUACAGUUAUGACGCUAACCUUUUCACGCAUGACGAUAGCUUACCUAGACUGGAAAAUGUUUCAAGUGCAGUAUUGGACAAAAUCCGGCAUGAUGUGGACAUCAUGGUCACCAACUGGGUUCCUUCGCCAGGACAACCUACACUUUCGUCGUUGAUCGAUUGGCAGAGCAUUGCAGACAUGGUGGUAGAGCGAUAUGCCAGAGAGCUGAAGUAUCUGGUAUCUGGCGCUUUUUCCACUGCCGAGGAGUUGUACGAUGAGCUCAAGGAUUUCCUCCGAGUCUUCAUCGAUGCCGACGCGCGCAACACUACAGCUGAGGUCUCCAGGUGUGCGAACCAGUUCAUCCCAAACACUGGAGAGCGCAGAGACACGGUGGCAGUCCAAUCCAUCCGCGCCGUCACCACGAAGAUCUGCUCAACCCUUUUCACAGCGCUUGAUGGGAAGGCGUCUUUGUCAGAGUCGAUCGAGAGCCUUCAGUCUUUGAUCGAGUAUCUCAACUGGACCGAGUGGAAGAAAUGUCCAACAUGUCCUUUGGGCCAGAUCUGCUUCAUUCCGAUGUGGCCCUUUGGCGCGGUGGAGGAUCGGGAGCAUCCGCAGUGCCGCAAACCCUCUGAGGUAUACGAUAGACACGGGUAUUGGGGCCGUGGUGGCCCAGGGCAUGGACAUCCACCUCCACCUCAUUGA